CGUGACUGGUUUUACGAAAAAGCCGGCUGAAUGUUGCCACGCCCCGCGCCCGCUGCUUGCCAGUCGACGCGAUGGCGCUACGCUCUCAACUCCUGCGCAUACUGUCCAUUGGAUCACAAACUAGACAACUACAUGAGUUGAACAAGAAAGAACGGGCGGGAGUGACCAAGCUGCGCGAGGUCCUUGAAGACAGGCUUCAAGAAAUUAAGCGCGCUAAGACGUGGAAACAUGAGCGCAUCCUCACUUCACCACAGGACACCAAGGUGAAAGUGCAAGGUUCGAAAGGAGAGUUCCUGAACUUUUGCGCUAACAAUUACCUGGGCUUAUCGAAUCAUCCUGAGGUAGUGGAAGCAGCCCGUGAAGGCUUAAAGAAUUAUGGUGCUGGACUAAGCUCAGUCCGGUUCAUCUGUGGAACACAAACUAUUCAUAAGGAACUAGAAAAUCGACUCGCCCAAUUCCACGGCCGCGAGGAUGCGAUCCUCUACGGGUCGUGCUUCGACGCGAACGCCGGCCUCUUCGAGUCGAUGCUGACUCCCGAAGACGCGGUGUUCUCUGACACGCUCAACCAUGCCUCCAUCAUAGACGGGGUGCGACUGUGCAAGGCGCAGAAAUUCCGCUAUCCUCAUAGAGAUCUCAAAGAGUUGGAACACCUUCUAGCUCACAGCGAAGCCAGGCUCAAAUUGAUCAUCACGGACGGAGUGUUUUCCAUGGACGGCACCGUAGCACCUAUUCGAGGACUGAGAGACUUGGCUGAUAAGUACAGGGGACUGUUGGCAGUGGAUGACAGUCAUGCUACUGGCUUCUUUGGAAAAACUGGAAGAGGAACGGAGGAAUACUGCGGCGUGAACGGAGCAGCAGAUAUUAUCUGCUCGACACUCGGCAAAGCUGUCAGUGGCGCCGCGGGAGGAUACACCACAGGGCCCAAGGAACUUGUUACUUUGCUGAGGAAUGUCUCCAGACCCUACUUAUUCUCUAACGCACCACCGCCUGCGAUCGUCACGGCUGCCUUAAAGUCUUUAGAUCUGGUGGAAAACAGCGACUCGCUUCGUCAACGCCUGCGCGAGAACACUCGCGUCUUCCGCGAGGGGAUGAAGGCGGCCGGACUCACUGUAGCGGGGGAUGAGCACCCGAUCUGUCCUGUGAUGGUGGGCGAGGCGCCAUUGGCGGUGGACUUAGCAGCUGGAAUGCUGGAGCGCGGUAUCUACGUAGUAGCGUUCAGCUACCCAGUGGUACCAAAGCGCGCAGCGCGCGUACGCGUGCAAAUAAGCGCAGCGCACACGCUCGAUGACGUCAACCGCGCCGUGCAAGCGUUCGCAGACGUCGGCAGGAACAUCGGACUUGUUAAAUCGUAGUUUUUUGCCCAUUUCAGACCGCGAAAAAAUAAAUGGGAAAAAUUGUGACAGAAAAAAAAUACUGAAGCCUAUCUAAUAGUCUGCAACAUGUUGAAAUUGAGGCGGGGGGACGCCCCGCGCAGCUUCUGCGCUAACCCAAGGCGGGCGAGCGGGGCUCCCCCCACCUCAUAGGUACUCCGAUUGCCAUCUUAACCUGUCGCAGACUAUAGUUAUACGAAUGUCUGUAAAAUGAUAAAAUAACAGGCUGAAAUAUCAACGUACAGCUUAAAAUUUGAAUUUGCAUAAUAGGUUUUUCUACGUAAAACCCUCACUAGGAAUUGUUUUAUAAACACUCUAUACGAGUAGGUAGCGGCGAGUCAGUUAGUUUUUUGAUAAAAUAACUUACCAGUUACCGAAAGGCUUUGAAGUUUCUUCCAAGUCAAAGUCAUUUAUUUGAAAUAAGUAGGUACCAUUGUACACUUUUUGAUUGUCAAUUAUUGAAUUUGUAAGAAUAUGUGAUAUACAUAAUGGUGAUAAUUAAAACGUUGCAAGGGUUUUUUUUCGGAUACUGUUUGUAUGACUUAUUAAAUAAAUAUCUGUUAUAUAAGUAUUGGUAUAUUUCUUUUAAUAAAUAGUAAAGAUUUUUUAUUAA